AUGGCCUCGUGGAGCCUAGCUGGGGAUGAAUCAUUGUCGCAGCUUGAUGAGUACCUUCUUCAGCAGAUCCUUUCUCAAUCCCUUGAGGCCGUAGAACAUCGACGAAGGAGUGUCGUCGACAUCGCCAAAAACUCCGUGCACAUUCGCGUGGUAAUCUGCCUCAUCUACGCGGUCAUCUUCGUCCUUGGGAUUCUGGGCAACUCACUGGUUGUCUAUGUGAUCCUUCGCAAGCAGGAAAUGCGCUCCAUCACGAACUUGUUCCUCAUCAAUCUCGCCAUCUCUGAUAUCCUAAUGACGCUGCUGGCAACACCGUUCACGCCGGCAAUUGUCUUCCUCGAAGAAUGGUCGUUCCACCUGGUGCUGUGCAAGCUUCUGCCGAUGGUAAUGGCUGUUACCGUCUACGUCUCUACCUUGACGUCCACGGCCAUAGCGAUGGAGAGGUGCAUCGUGACGGUGUACCGUUUCCAGCCAAAACUGCCCAACUUCACGUACUUCCUCGGCACCGUCGUGACGUGGGUCGCCUCGGCCGUGUUCUCCUGCCCUCUUGCCAUCUACCAGGACAUCAGCUUCAACGAGAAGACCAACACCUCGAGUUGUCAAGAGAACUGGCCGCACCCCACCACCAGAGCAGUCUUCACUGUGACGAGCUUCGUGCUGCAGUUCAUUGUUCCCUGCAUCAUCAUCACGGCGUGCUACACGCGGAUUGGUCUGGUUCUGCGCAAUCGCGCGAAUCGCAAGAUUGGGAUCAAGAGCCGGGAGAAGGAAGAACUGGAAAUGCGUCGCAUACGACGAGCGGUCAAAAUGCUCAUUGCAAUGGUGGUCAUCUUCGUGGUGUGUUGGAUUCCCCUGAACUGCCUCUGGAUGGUCACCGACCUCGGCACCAACUCCCAGGCCGUCCAGAGCUUCGCCGGGUCCGGCUACUUCACUCUAGUUUUCUUCGUCUGCCACAGUCUUGCAAUGAGCAGCGCCGUGUACAAUCCCUUCCUCUACACCUGGCUUAAUGAGAGCUUUCGCAACGAAUUCUACCAGGUCCUGCCGUGUCUACGAUCGCUGCGUGCCCACCACAACGCAACAACUUCGUGUUCUUCACCAAAACAUCGAAGAAGACCACAAAAGGAGGUCCUGUACAUAGAAACUUUGUCUCAUGUGUAG